UCAGGGCGUGGUCUGUCAGUUAUUCCCUGGCAGCUCCACGCUCGCCUUUGACAGACAGAGCCUUGCUAGCUGUACUGUGACUGUACUGUACUCCUCCAGCAGCCAUUCAGACUGAACUAAGCAGCUCUAGCAGCCGGAGAUUUAACCUUAACACGAAGCCCUCACCUCCAGGGACAGACAGCUAGCUUCAGCAAGGAGCUCUCACUAACCGGUAGUCUUCAAACCGCCACUAAAGAAGAGACGUUGACAUCAAGAUGUCUAAAGACACGGAAGGACAGAGCGAGAAGAUCAUGGACAUGGAGAGCAAAGUGUUGUGGUACCCGGACUCCAAGAGGAACACACAGAUGGACAAGUUCAGGAUACGGGUCAACGGGGACUACGGACUUAAUCUGGUCAACUACAAUGACCUCUACCAGUGGUCGGUGGACAGCUACCCAGAUUUCUGGGAACAAGUGUGGCGCUUCUGUGGAGUCGUCAGCUCCAAACCUUAUGAAGAGGUGGUGGAUGUAUCCAAACGGAUCUCGGACGUUCCCGAGUGGUUUAAAGGAGCUCGACUCAACUACGCGGAGAACUUGCUCAAACAUGCAGACCAGGACAAAGUAGCUCUCUAUGCUGCGACGGAGGCAAACGAUGAGAUUGCGAAGGUGACGUUUGGGGAGCUGAGGCGUGAUGUGGCGUUGUUUGCUGCAGCCAUGAGGAAGAUGGGCAUCAAGACUGGAGACAGGGUCGUAGGCUACCUUCCCAACGGUAUCCAUGCAGUGGAGGCCAUGUUAGCAGCAGCCAGCAUCGGAGCCAUUUGGAGCUCCACAUCUGUCGACUUUGGAGUCAACGGUGUCCUUGACAGGUUUUCUCAAAUCCAGCCCAAGCUGAUCUUCUCUGUUGCUGCAGUGGUUUACAACGGCAAAACACACGACCACAUAGAAAAGCUGACCAGUGUUGUCAAAGGUCUGCCUGACCUGAAGAAAGUAGUGGUGAUUCCCUACGCUCGCUCCAAAGACGAGACUGACCUCUCCAAGAUCCCCAACAGUGUAUUUAUAGACGACUUCUUGGCGUCUGGUCACGGUGAGGCUGACCAGUUUCCUCAGCUGGAGUUUGAGCAGCUUCCAUUCAGUCACCCUCUGUUCAUCAUGUACUCUUCAGGCACCACAGGAGCUCCUAAAUGUAUGGUCCACUCUGCUGGGGGCACGCUCAUCCAACACUUGAAAGAACACAUCCUCCACGGCAAUAUGACCAGCAGUGAUGUCAUCAUUUACUACACCACGACCGGCUGGAUGAUGUGGAACUGGCUGGUGUCUGCUCUGUCAGUGGGAGCCUCUGUGGUUUUAUAUGAUGGUUCACCACUAAUGCCCACACCCAAUGUACUGUGGAACCUGGCGGACCAGCUGGGCAUCACUAUCUUUGGUACCGGGGCCAAGUGGCUGUCUGUGCUGCAGGAGAGGAACCUGAAACCCGUGGAAACACACAACCUCCAGUCUCUCCACACCAUCCUGUCUACUGGAUCUCCUCUCAAACCUCAGAGCUACGACUACGUCUACCGCUGCGUCAAGAGCAACGUGCUGCUUGGCUCCAUCUCAGGCGGCACUGACAUCGUGUCAUGCUUCAUGGGUCAGAACCCGACAGUUCCAGUUUAUCGGGGUGAGAUCCAAACAAGAAACCUCGGCAUUGCUGUGGAAGCCUGGAGCCCUGAUGGUAAGCCCGUAUGGGGAGAGAGCGGGGAGCUUGUCUGCUUGAAACCGAUCCCCUGCCAGCCAACACACUUCUGGAACGACGAGAACGGGAGCAAAUACCACAAAGCGUACUUUUCUACAUAUCCUGGGGUGUGGGCCCACGGAGACUACUGCAAAAUCAACCCAAAGACAGGAGGCAUUGUCAUGCUGGGCAGAAGUGAUGGAACAUUGAACCCCAACGGAGUCCGAUUUGGCAGCUCGGAGAUUUACAACAUUGUGGAGGCGUUCGAGGAAGUGACAGACAGUCUUUGCGUUCCUCAGUACAACGCCGACGGAGAAGAGCGGGUUAUUUUGUUCUUAAAGAUGAGGCCUGGUAAGCCCUUCUGUCCGGAGUUGGUGGCGAAGAUUAGAGGAGCCAUAAGGAAAGCUCUGUCCGCCCGACACAUCCCCGCCCUGCUGAUGGAGACCAGAGACAUUCCUUACACCAUCAGCGGUAAGAAGGUGGAGGUGGCGGUGAAACAGGUGAUUGCUGGCCGGGAGGUGGCGCAACGAGGAGCUUUCUCCAACCCGGAUUCGCUGGACCUCUACAAGAACAUUCCUGAACUGCAAAACUAUUAAGAGAUGAUGAGGCUUCAGUGAGCCGGAGAGAGGACCUGCAAGAGAGAACCAACGAAUUCAGUCUAGUUUUUAAAUUAACUUUAUUCAAAUUUACAGGAACAGAGUGAGUUUACAAAGGCACCUUGAGCCUUGUACAGGGCAUAAGAAAGGAAAAUAUGGUACAAAUAAUAUGUAAAUAUAAUAAUAACUCUAUGGUAUAAGGCAGACAAGAGACUGCUCCAUUGGCUUUCUAUCAAGUGAUCAAGCAGCCACCAAUAAGGGAGAAUUGUAAUUUAGCGAAAAGCGUUUGCUCUGGCUUCACGUUCUGAUCGCUAUCGGCCAGUGAAGAGCCGUAUCUCUCUGCUUUAACCCCCGGUGUCGGUUCUGACUGGGUCCCACACUGGGAACCCAUGGAAGUGUGCAGAUAAACAAACACCCGGGGUUAACGCCUCAGCUUCGGCUCAUAUCACCAUGUCAUUGUUAUGUGGUGUGUGUUGCUUUAUCAAAUGUAUAUUUACGAAUAUAUAUAUAUAUUUUGGACUGUGAAAUUACGUUAAUUAUGCAUUUGAAGAUAGUGAACCGAACCUGUUAGCCAAAGUGAGUCUCAGAUUUAGAUUUAUUUAGUAACAUGUCAGGAAGUUGUAGUUUGAUUAAAUGAACCAGAGAUUCCAGAGAAAACUUUUCUCAACAUAACAAAAUAAUUGCUCAGAUCCCAACAAUCAUUUGACUUUGUAAAAAAUGACUCUAUUUCAUUCCGCCCAAGACAUCAAGGCAUGAAUUAAUGAAGCUCUCAACAAGCAAAGGUUUUUUUAGUCAAAUUGCCCCUCAUUUAUCAAGCUAUCGUACAAACAAGUCCGCUGAGGUCAAGUGUGAUCUGAAGGUUGAUUUCACCACAAAAGCCUGUAUUUAUUAGUUCCAUAUCUAUGUUCAAUGUUAUUCUAAGACAACUGUGUUCUCUUAACUCCUCAUGCUGUGUGGCAAAGCCUCAAGGCUAAUUCAUGCUUUUAAAGAUGAACUGCAGUGGUUUGGUCACCAGUAGUACGACAUGAGCAACAUGGAUCAAUAUACAAUAACAAAAAUCAGAAGGUUUAGAAGGUAACCCGCACAAUGCGUGAUAUAAAAAAGAUGACCAGAAUGUUAAUUGUGUGACAAUUACAGAUAUAAAUGUCAAAGAAGCAUUUGAUUUUUUGGAGAUAAAUUAAGCCAACGGAAGCAUUUUAUACUGAUGUAGAGGUAGCAUUUUUCUUACGAGGCUGUUUUUUCCUAUUUGACUUUUGAUUAAGUUUUGGCCACUUGUUUCUGGAUUAUUUUAAACAUGUUUAAUUAGGUAUUAAUGGAGACAAAUCAACUGGGAAAACUCUGCAGUUCACCUUUAAUGUCAUAUUCACUACUGCUUAGAUAUAAUAAAUUUCCUCUUUAAAGGUACCCUGUGGAGUUUGGGUCCACUUGUAGCGCUGUGGAUUAAUAUUUAGAAAAGUGGGUCCCCGUUUUGAAUGUAUCUUGUGCGCGUGCAUGAGCUUGAGUGUGACGGGGUACAUAUUCCUGCCAAUGGUGUCACACUAUUCCACUGAUUGAGAAGUAGCAAUGCACCAGCAAAAUGCAGGGGCGAAGACAACUGCAACCGGCGAACACGGAUGUAAACAAUGCAGGUUUCAAGUAAAAAUAAAUCAGCUUUUCUACUGCUGACUUGUUUUUUAGGCGUCUGGUGAGAAACACUAAUGUUAACAGAACUCCACAGGGUACCUUUAAAGUCCCAAAGAUGCAUCGGCUCUCUUUUAUAGGGACGGAGAUCAUAACUGUACACUUUGCACUUUAGUACUGUUUACUGUAUGUGACGUUGAUCAUAUUGAAAUCUGGUGAAACAUGGCAGAUCUACUGUUCCAUUCUGUAGUGUGAAUGCAGGUCAGGCAGUUUUUGUUCUGCUUUUUAAUACUAGGCCAAGGGUUUGCAAACAUUAUUCUGGGUGUGUCACAUGUAAAUAAUAAGAUGUAUUUGGUUCUUUCAUAUCCGCCUUUAGUGAAUCUAUAAUGUAAUUUUUACUUGUUUUGUUGCUGCAAGAAAGUUGAUUGAAUCAGAUGUGACGCGUGUCUUUCUACAGUACAUUAUUUGCUCUUUUACACAUCAUAAUAAUGGUCAGUCUCUAGUUUAUGUUGGAAGUUGACAGAGCCGUGAAUGGAUGUGAACUCCUUUUUUGGCUACGUUCAGUCAGAGUUUUUCAGGGGGAUAUUUGCAUAAGAAACCACUUGAGUCGUGUAUCAACAGAGAUUUUGUUUCCUGGUUGACAACUGUCAGAUACCCAAUAAAGUAAAGCCAGUCUGAGAGCGAAAGCUCAAAACAAA